AUGGUUGCAGGUUCGAAUACCGCAGUUGGUUACACACCUUUGCAAGUAUUGAAUAGUAAGGGUGCGGUACAAACAAGUGGUGUUCAAAAUGUGCUCAGCAUCAAUGACUUGUCUGGGUUACAAGGACUAAAACCUUUUGAUGUCACCGGCGAUCCAAGUAAAAAGGUGCGUAUUGAUCUUCUGGAGAAGAAUGGCUUCAAGCCUUUGCUGCUCGGCGAAAAUCAUCUCGUAUGGAAAGAUGGUGAACCAAUCGAUCCUUUCGUUCUGGCUGUCUUGGUCGAUGGUAGUGAUCAAAAGCAGCAGCCGACACUUCUAUGUAGUCGUGAAAUCUACAAUGAAAACAAACGUCUGAUUAAAAUGACACCGUAUCGCCGGUUACGUUGCGGUCGAGCACCAUUCGAUUUUGAUGGCGUGCAAAAUAUUCCAAAAUGGGCAACACAAAACUUCUCGAAGAAAGCAGCCGAACUAAUUAGCAGUCAAGAAUAUCCGAAAAACUAUCUUAUUACACGAGUGCUUCACCUUCAACAAGCGCUCGAAUCCACAAUCGAUAAGGCUACCAAAGCCACAAAGAUGCUUCUUUAUUUACUACAUUAUGGUCAUUCGAUCAGCGGUAUACCGAAUUCUCCAAACACGACACCUAUACUCGACGUCAUACAGAAAUAUACGGAUCUUUCAUGUGGUAUUACUGCUAGCAACAACAGAAACGAAACAAAUUCAAGAUGGUUAAUCAAGUAUACUUCAGGUAUAGUGGACGUUGAUGCACUCUCCGACUUUAUUUUCGGUGAACUUUACAUACCGCUGACAUUGCUAGUACUCCGAAUCAGCCCAUUCAAUUAUUUCACAGUUGGACAUUCAACAAGGGCAUCUACGACGCACUAA